GGGAAAAAACAUACAAUCCCCUCCUCGCAUAUUUAGCCACUCAUGUAGAGGAUUACGCGGAUUGGAAAGGGACGGAGUGCCCAGCUAGUGCUAGUGGCGGAGUCGGAGUCGGAGUCGGAGUCGGAGUUGGCUCUUCCCUUCUCACGCUUAUGCUUGUUCAUUAAUUCGUGCUUCUCACACUCCUUAUCAACCAACAACUGUUCUCGGAAUAACAAGAGACAAGAGCCAAGAGCCAAACCCAAUAGCGCGCUUUCAAGCUUGAAUAUUUUUAACAAAGAUGAGAGCGAGUGUUAGUAUUGAGAGUAAGAGGAAGACAAACGUGACGUGCAACGCCUGCUUACACUCGCACUUGCCCUCGCCCUCGCCCUCGCCCUAGUCUGCUCUAUCCCCUUCUUCUGCCCUUGACUCUUACCUACCUUACAUUGCAUGCGCUCCCGUCCCAGGGAGUCUGCCUUACUCGGAAAUGGUGAAGGAAGAUCCAGUAUAGCAGACAGUAGAUAGAAAAAGUAAUGGAGAGCGCUAUGAUGAGAGGAGGGGCCAAGUGGCGGCUAGUGCGGCCACAGAGGCAAAGGAAGCGAAUGGCAAUGCGAAUGACAGUGGCAAUGCCAGCAGAGUGUUUGAGGAUGAAGGUUUUAAUCUGGAGGAAGAGGGAGGAGGAAUUGAAAAAGAGGGCUGCGGUUUGCGUAUCUUGCAUGAAGCCGACUGUGGUAGAGAGGGAUGGCGACAGUAAUGCAAAUAAUAAUAAUAUGUUGCUGAUGAAGGAAGGAGUAGGAGGAGGAGCUUGGGAUGCCCCGCCGCGUUCUCGCCCUCGCACUGCCAAAACCCGCGCAAUGCAACCCUUCACAUCGGCCCGACCUCGAAAAGUUUCUGAUCAAGAAGAAUUCCCUCCUCGACGCACUCAAAGAAAUUGUGUACCUCCAUCUCGAGAUACUCCUCCCAAAAGAGAUACUGGAAUUGCUAGUGAGAAGGAUUGGGGCAUCAAUUUGCUGAACGAAAAUAUCAACGAGUCUGGUGUAAAUGAAGAUGGUAGCAGCUGGUAUCGAGAAUGUGGAGAAGAUACUGGAGAAAAUGGAUACAGGUGCCGUUGGACUGUUAUGGGUGGCCGUAGUGGUGAUGGCAGUUCAGAAUGGAGAGAGGCUUGGUGGGAAAAAAGUGAUUGGACUGGCUACAAAGAACUUGGUGUCGAAAAAUCUGGAAGGAAUGCUCAGGGAGAUUCAUGGUGGGAAACAUGGCAAGAAGUACUUCGGCAGGAUGAUUGGAGUAAUCUGGCAAGAAUAGAGAGAAGUGCUCAGAAGCAAGCCAAGUCUGGAAGUGGUGCAGCUGGUUGGUAUGAGAAAUGGUGGGAAAAAUACAAUGCUAAAGGUUGGACAGAGAAAGGAGCCCACAAGUAUGGCAGGCUAAAUGAUCAGUCAUGGUGGGAAAAAUGGGGGGAGCAAUAUGAUGGGAGCGGAUCUGUUUUGAAAUGGACAGAUAAAUGGGCAGAGACAGACUUGGGAACCAAAUGGGGGGAUAAGUGGGAAGAGAAGUUCUUCUCUGGCAUGGGGACACGCCAAGGGGAAACAUGGCAUGCUACCUCAGGCGACGGACGUUGGUCAAGGACAUGGGGAGAAGAACACUUUGGAAAUGGGAAGGUGCAUAAAUAUGGUAAAAGCACUACCGGUGAAAGUUGGGAUAUAGUUGUUGAAGAAGGAACUUAUUAUGAGGCCGAGCCCCACUAUGGAUGGGUGGAUGCUGUGGGAAACUCUGCACAAUUGUUAUCGAUCCAGCCACGAGAACGUCCUCCUGGUGUUUAUCCGGAUCUAGAUUUUGGAUCAUCUCCGCCAUCUCAACUGCCUCCACCAUCACCCCCAGAAUCACCCCCUGAGUUUCCACCAUUCUCGCCAAAAUAAUUGACUAUUGUAAUUCUUCUUAACUCCUUUUUUGAGUUUUUAAAAUUAAUGAUGGUGAGCAUUAUUCAUUUGACCAGUCAUCCUUUUUGUUUCGAGUGGAUUUGGCCAGACCUGACCUGACCUUUCGAUAUGGACUUGGUCAGAUUUGACCUUAUUGAUAUGGAUGGAGCAUGAAGGAAAAUAAAUUGUCAUAUCUUCAAUUCUUUUUUGGUGAGUCAAGAGUGUAUCUUUUUACUUUUGGGUGUAAGAAAGAAAAGGUUAUCUCAGAAUGCUUCGUUUAUCCUGUGGUGCAAUGACCCUCAUGUAUGUUCCUCAUAAACAAGAAAUGCAAAAUGAUGACAUGAAGAAUUAGACAAAGGCAGUGUGAAGUCAGUAUAUAAUAUGGGAUUCUGAGAAAGGCGAAGAAAGGGUCCACAGAAGUAUCUCAGGCCAAAUCUUUAAUAAGCUCAAGUUAAUGGAAACAAGAACUGAACAUCUUAAUGAUCUGUCCGUAGCAAUCCAUGCAGGGACUGGAAUGUAUGAUAAUUGUAGAAACAACUAUUUUUUUAUAGUCCAAUGGAAGAUCAAUAAAGAAAUCAUUUAUUUUGUAACCAAAGUGAGCAAGCAGGGCGAGUUGUCUAAUAGGAUAUUACCGUUGGUCUUCUUUUUUGGUAUAAAUAUUCAUAAUCUUAAUAAUAUUUUAAUAAUAGACAUCUUGUCUGGGUUUUGUCA